AAGAGAGCGAUCACCAACCAUUCACCAAAACAUUAUAAAUUUUUUAAAUUAUAUGAAGAAAAAUUCCAAAUUUUAUAAAAUAACAAAAUUCCAAACUUUUUUCAAAGUGUACACAAUCUUAUUGUCAAACUAUAGAUGCACCGUCUUUUAAGUCCUUUUACUUAGUUUCUUCAUAUAUAAGCCUUUAAACACUUUAUGUUAUGAUCAAAUUCUUUCAACAAUGAGUUUUUAUCAUGGAAAUCACAUAUUCUAUGCUUUCACUCUUUCUUUUCUUUCAAUUUCAAUCGUUCUUUUAUCCAUAAUUCUUUUCUUUCUUUGUAGGAAAAAACAAUUCAAGCCUAGUAAAGAUUUCGAGGUGACGACUAUCAUCAAGCCUAGUGCAACGAAUUAUCCCUUGUCGGAAAUUGAUAGCGCCACGGAUCGGUUCAAUCCUCAUAGGAUCAUUGGAAAAGGGCGCCUAGGAACGACUUAUGCCGCGGUUUUAGACAAAGAUGAGUUGGUGGUGGCUAAAAGAAUCUACCCAUGGUUAGUAUUAAGUAAAGCCGGUCUUGGAUUUCAAUCCGUGAUCAAGUCACUAUCAUUAGCCCAACACCCUAAUAUAGUGCCUAUAUUGGGCUUUUCCGAGGCCCCGGGGGAAAGGAUCAUCUUAAUGGAGUAUGUGGACACAAUGAGUUUGGACUUCUAUUUGCACCAACAUGUUGAUGGACCGUCUCUCUUGGGGUGGUCACAAAGGUUAAAGAUCGCGGCAGGAAUAGCUCGUGGGGUCGAGUAUUUGCACGAGAAGAUGGCACCUCAAGUAGUCCAUGGUUGUGUGAAGCCCUCUAAUGUUUUGGUAGAUGUGGAGUUUUGCCCAAAGUUGUGUGAUUAUGGGUUGUCUUUUUUAGCCUCAAAAAAUGAGAAAAUGGGGCUUUUAGGGUAUGUUGAUGAGGAGUAUUGGUUAGAAGGAAAAAGUGGUGGUGCUUGCAAAGAAAGUGAUGUGUAUGGAAUUGGUGUGGUAUUGUUGGAACUCUUAACGGGCAAGAGGAAUGAAGGUGGGUUGCUAGUGGGGUGGGUUUUGCCUUUAAUUAAGGAAAUGAGGUAUAGUGAGUUUUUAGACCCAAGAAUUGAAAUACCUUCUAAUAUGAAGCCUAUUGUUAGGUUAGGUAAAGUGGCAUUAGCUUGUGUUGGCAACUCUAGAAAAACUAGGCCUAAAAUUACCCAAAUUGUAAGUAUUUUGGAUAGCUUGGAUGAUUAAGAUCUUAGAGAUUGAAGUAUUUCAAUGUUUUGGUUGAUUUUUAUCUUUAGAGAUACAAGUGUUUCAAUGUUUUGUAAUUGAUUUGUGUAUGUACAUUUCUUGGUUGCUAAGAAAAAGGUUUUUGGUGAUGGAUUCACUUUUCAA